GCUAAGCCUCCAAACAUGAUCACGCUGUAUCUGUUGCUCGCGAUAUCACUGGCUUUGUACGGGGUUUACCUCGUUUCAAAACGGAAAUUCAGAUACUGGGAGAAGAAGAAAGUACCGCACCUACCACCAAAACCAAUUGUGGGAAAUUUCGCCGAAUACAUUCUCCAACAGAAGUACUAUGGCCGCGUUGAACAGGAGAUCUGUAAUAAGUUCCCUGAAGAACCAUAUGUCGGAUCUUACUUUGGUACGGAACCGGCUCUUAUUCUACAAGAUCCAGAAUACAUCAAAACCGUCAUGACAAAGGACUACUACUUCUUCAGUGGGCGUGAAGUCUCCUCAUACUCCGAGAAGGAAGUCUUAACGCAAAAUCUCUUCUUCAGUUAUGGUGACAGGUGGAAGGUACUGCGUCAGAACCUAACGCCUCUAUUCUCAUCAGCCAAGAUGAAGAAUAUGUUCCACCUGAUCGAGAAAUGUGCUCGUAUCUUUGAGAACAUGAUUGACCAAGAAAUACAGAAGAAUGAAAACAUAGAAGUGCGAGCCCUCACGGGAAAGUUCACAAUGGAUGCUAUUGGAAAUUGUGCUUUUGGAGUUGAGACCUGGACAAUGGUGAAGACUGACAAUAAUCCAUUCACAAAAAUUGGUGAUGUUAUCUUCGAUACUGCCAGAUUGAGAGCACUCAAGUUUGUCGCAAGAAGUAUUUGGCCAGCUAUCUUUUAUGCUUGUGGGGGUAAAUCAUUCCCUGUCGAUGUUGAUCGGUUCUUCUCCAACUUGAUGACUGGUGUUUUCAAAGGACGCGACUACAAGCCGACUUCAAGAAAUGACUUUGUUGAUCUCAUAUUGAAGCUUUACAACAACAAAACUGUGACAGGAGAUAGUCUAACAAAUAUGAAAGGAGAAUCAGGAAAGAAAGUCAGUUUAGACGUGGACGAAGACUUCUUGAUCUCACAAUGUUUCUUGUUCUUUAUUGCUGGGUAUGAGACGUCGGCGACUACGUUGAGUUACACUUUUUAUGAGUUGGCGAAGAACACAAGAGCUCAAGAGCUGGCGAUCCAAGACGUGGACAACUACUUGCAACGCAAUGAUAACGUGUUGAAGUACGAAUGCACAACUGAGUUGCCUUACAUUGAAGCGUGUGUCGAUGAGGCUCUUCGUCUAUACCCAGCGCUAGGAGUUCUAACUCGAGAGGUUAUUGAGGACUAUACAUUCCCGACGGGAUUGAAAUUAGAGAAAGGUCUACGCGUACAUUUGCCAGUAUACCACAUGCAACACAACCCUAAGUAUUUCCCGGAACCAGAGCAGUAUCGUCCGGAGCGGUUCCUGGGUGAAGAGAAGAAGAAUAUUACACCAUACACAUACUUUCCAUUCGGUGAGGGACCUCGACUAUGCAUUGGAAUGAGGUUUGCAAAGAUGCAGAUUACAGCGGGAAUUAUAACCAUAUUGAAGAAAUAUCGAGUAGAACUUGCCCCGGGUAUGGGCGAGAAAGUACAGUUCGAACCUCGAUCUAUAGUCACCGCCCCAAUAGGGGGUAUCCGACUGAAAUUCAUUGAAAGAGAGGGCUGGCAACAACGAGUUUUUAAGGCUCCACCUGAAGCAUAAGUUAGGAUUACGUAAGGGACAAUUAUGUCUUACCGUCGUACUCAGAGUUAUUUACUUAACGGAACUUAGGUCACUUA